CGCGUUCUGGGAUUCUAUUUGGAGACGAGCAAGGAGAACUUUUCCAUAUAUUUGAUCCACACAAGUUUUGGUUUUUCUGCGGAUUGACGCACUGAUCUUUGGAUGACUGUGCGUAAAGACGUUUAUUUCCAAAUCCAUUUUACGCCAAAAAAAAGGGACAUUUUUUUUGCAGACCAGAUUUCUUCUGGUGGUUUUUAAAGAAGAAGUUUCUUCACAAGAGUCGCCAGCGGUUCCUGUUUUACGCGUAAGCUUGGCAGCAAACCGUUUUUCGUAUGAAUCUUCUCGACCCCUACCUGAAGAUGUCGGAGGAACAAGACAAGUGUCUCUCCGAUGCGCCCAGCCCGAGUAUGUCCGAGGACUCCGCGGGCUCCCCGUGCCCAUCCGGCUCCGGUUCCGACACCGAAAAUACGCGGCCGUCAGAGAACGCGCUUCUCCGAGUGGAAGCGGCGCUGGGCGAAUUUAAGAAGGACGAGGACGAUAAAUUCCCCGCUUGCAUACGCGACGCCGUAUCUCAAGUGCUCAAGGGCUACGACUGGACCCUUGUGCCCAUGCCGGUGCGCGUAAACGGAUCUACAAAAAACAAGCCUCACGUGAAGAGACCGAUGAACGCCUUCAUGGUUUGGGCUCAGGCGGCGCGGAGGAAGCUGGCUGACCAGUACCCGCACCUGCACAACGCAGAACUCAGCAAAACGCUGGGCAAACUUUGGAGACUUCUCAAUGAGGGUGAGAAGCGGCCGUUCGUGGAGGAGGCUGAGCGCCUCCGCGUGCAGCACAAGAAGGAUCAUCCAGAUUACAAGUACCAGCCAAGGCGGAGGAAGUCGGUGAAGAACGGACAAAACGAAGGGGAGGACGGCAGCGAGCAAACUCAUAUUUCUCCUAAUGCCAUCUUUAAAGCGCUGCAGCAAGCCGACUCUCCAGCUUCCAGUUUGGGAGAGGUGCAUUCUCCUGGGGAGCACUCAGGUUCACAGGGACCCCCGACUCCCCCCACUACCCCCAAAACUGAUGUCAACUCAGGCAAGAUGGACCUUAAGCGCGAAGGGGGUCUCCGAUCCCUCCCUGACGGCACCAGCCAGCGGCAACUCAACAUCGACUUCCGCGACGUGGACAUCGGCGAGUUGAGCAGCGACGUCAUCUCUCACAUCGAGACCUUUGACGUCAACGAGUUCGACCAGUACCUCCCACCGAACGGCUACCCGGGUUCCGUCAGCGGUCCGGGGACCCCCGUCGCCUACACCGGCAGCUACAGCAUCAGCGGCGGCGCUCCGGUCAGCCCGUCGGCGGGAGCGGCCUGGUUGCCUAAAAGCCAGAACCAGCAGGGACAGCAGCACACCCUCACCACAUUGGGGGGCAACGCCGGUUCCGAGGCGGGUCAGGCUCAGCACAGGACCCAGAUCAAGACGGAGCAGCUUAGCCCGAGCCACGUCAGCGAGAAGCAGGGCUCCCCGCAGCAUGUGGCCUACAGCCCCUUCAAUCUGCAGCACUACAGCCCCAGCUCGUACCCGGCCAUCUCCAGGGCGCAGCAGUACGACUUCAGCGACCACCAGGGGGGCGCCGCUUCCUUCUACACCCACGCGGGGGCCGGCCAAGGCUCGGGCCUCUACUCGACUUUCAGCUACAUGAGCAGCCCCAGCCAGAGGCCCAUGUACACGCCCAUCACCGACAACACGGGGGUGCCCUCCAUCCCCCAGAGCAACCCCCAGCACUGGGAGCAGGCGCCGGUUUACACCCAGCUCACCAGACCCUGAACCCCCCACCCCAAUACCCAUGUACAGCCAAAUACAUGCAUCCCAAAACACUUUAUUUCAACGAGACGUCCCGCCUGAAUCAGACACUUGAAGUCAACGAGGAGGAGAGUCGGACUCGUGAUUGGCUCACGCCGUGCCUUGCUAUUGUACCGUGAUAGAAUCUUUAUAGAUAUAUAUUUUUUAGAAGAGAUGAAAAGACUUGAGAAAGUCCUCUGUGAGGAUUUGAUUGUUAAUAUUUCUGUAGGUACUGUUUUUGGUUUUUGUCUUCAUACGCUGGUAGUUUGUAACCCACGAGGUUGUUUAUGAAGGUUAUUUGUCGGGGAAAAAUGAAAAGGCUUGUAUUUUAAAUCCGUCUGCUUUCUGUUGUAUUUCAUUUUUGUUUUUUAAUUUCUUAAUGUGCCAUUCCAAUUUACAUUUAAUGAUGGUUUUUUUAUGUCAUGUAUGAGCAACAUUAGAAAAGCAACAUUGAGGAGAGUCAAGCCGUGCCUUCAAUUCAGUUCAUUUUCUCCUUCUUUUGUGUGUGCGAGUGUGUGUUCGCGUCCCUGUGUGUGUGUGUGUGCCAACAGCUGAGAUUACACUUACCGUCCAGCAGCUCGUGUUUGACAGCUACAGGAAGUCACCUUUGACCUCUGGGCUGUCCCCUGCUGAUAUAACCCAAUUCCUCAGCCUUCCCCUGUUUAAAAAAAAAAAAAACAACAUACUAUUUAUUUAUUUCCUUUAAUUUUAUUGUGAAAGAUUUUGCAUUCUAGUCUUACUAUUUUUUUUUUUUAUAAUGUACACAGCG